AUGAAUGGUGACCAAGGUUCCGCUAUGAGUGCACCGGUAGCACCUACCUACGUCGAGUUGUACACAAUGGUACAACAGCUAGGUGAGCAGUUGAGGGUCAUGACUGAGAACCAAAGGCAAAAUGCUUUCUUGAACAGUGACGACCCGAGUCGUGUUGGUAGUGCUACUACUGAAUUCCGCAUUGUUCCGGAUCUAAACAAAACUGUAAAAGAAUUCUGUGGACGAGAAACGGCGUGUGAAGCGGAAGACUGGUUCGAGUCUGUGAACACAUUGGCGCGAAUAAAUAACUGGCCAGACGGCUACAGGUUGCAGUUCAUACGCUCGUGUUUGGUUGGGGCCGCACGAAAUUGGUUCCUGGGACGUGAGUUUGAAAACUGGGACGAUUUUUCGUCUAAGUUUAAAUCCACGUUCGCGAGGGGAAUGCGCGUCACCGACAAGUGGAACCAAAUGCAAAAACGCGUCCAACAAAAGAACGAACAUAUAGUAGACUUCUUCCACGAAAAAAUAAGGAUGUGUCGGGAAUUAAAGCUGUCCUUCGAUGAAAUAAAGGAUCAUGUGUUGCAGGGUGUAUAUUCACGCGAGCUGGCCAUUUUCGCAUUGAGCAACAAACACGGAGACGAAAACCAGUUGCUCGGAGACCUCCUUGAGUGGGAACGUUUGAAUGCUUUGCGUAACGGUAUAAGCCGAAAAGAUGAACCGGUCGACAAAAGGAGCGAAAAGUAUAAAAGGCCUGAAAAAAAUGCAACGGCGACUGUGAAUCAAGUGCCGUUGUACGUAGCACCGCACCGACGGGAAACUAAGACCGCUACGACUAACGGAGAAUUACCAAGUAGCGAACAGGUCGAGUGCUGGUAUUGUCACAAGACUGGCCAUGUCGGACGCGAUUGUCUCCAGCGUCGAGAGAAGUUGACAUGCUAUGGUUGCAGUGGUAAAGGUCACUUAAAAAGAGAUUGUCCGGGACGGAGUAAUGCAGAAACCAACGUGACAGCGACGGGAGUCGCAGUUGACAACCCACACCGGUAUUUAAAGAACGGAGUCGUACGAGGUGCUGUAGUAAGUCUGCUAGUAGACACAGGAUCGCAUUACUCACUAAUAAAACAAAGCGUGGCCAAAAGAAUUGGAUUGGUGAUCGAGCACGCCGCGCAACCGUUGUACGGAAUUGGUAGCGUAACCGUGCCCACCACGACAACGGUUGGACGGGCUUUGGAGAGUAUAACAGUGGAUGGUGUCGAAGCUGGACCCGUAACGUUAUUGGUAGUACCUGACGACGCACAGCGCACGGAAUUGAUAGUAGGUAGAGGUUGGCUAGAUCUACCUUAUGUCACAUAUUACAAGACCAGCAACGACCUGAUCAUAAAAAGGAUUGAUAAGAACUGUCUGAGUACGUCGACAGGAAACUCAGAUAUAACAAGUAGCACCGAUGCUAUGGUACAUGUGACAGAAGUUGACGAGUCGCUGUACAGAGAGCCGCUGACGGAGGCAGACUUUAAGUAUGUAAUCACUGAAGCGACAAGAGCGGAGAAGGACAAGUUGCUGGUGUUGCUUAACUCAUACAGAGACACCUUUGCAAAAAACCUAAACGAACUCGGCUGUACCGAAAUGGCUGAGCUCCGUAUAGAUGAAGAGGAAGGCAGCAAACCGGUGACUUGUAGACCGUACAAGGUGUCAUUGGCAGAACGCAAAGCUAUGGCCGAGAUAAUCGCUGAGUGGAAAUCGUGCGGAAUAGUCACGGAGACGCGGUCACCAUAUGCGAGCCCUGUGCUGCUGGUAUCACAGAAAGGCGGUAAGUCAAGACUAGUGGUUGAUUAUAGGCGCUUGAACAGACAGACUCGGAGACAAAACUUUCCACUACCAAGCAUGGAUGAGCAGAUUACAUUGCUCGGAACCGGACAGCUGUUCGUCCAGCUAGACCUUGCUAAUGGAUAUUUCCAAGUGCCACUAGCAAGGGAAUCUAGAGAAAAAACUGCCUUCAUUACACCAGACGACACGGGUGAGUUCACAAGAACACCGUUCGGCCUAGCUGGAGCACCUGGGGAAUUUCAACGACUGAUGAACGUAGUGCUGGGAGAGCUGCGUUGUACAUUAGUCAAGAGUUAUUUGGAUGAUUGGGUGUUGGAGGCCAAUGACUGGGAAGAUAUGCUGACCAAAUUGGAACUAGUGUUGAAGUGCUUGAGAAAAGCCAAACUUACGUUGAGACCCGGUAAGUGUAUGUUCGGAACUAAAGAAAUCGAAUUUUUGGGUUUUGUAAUUACCAAGGGCGAAAUUAAACCUGGUCGGGAGAAAACAAGGUCGAUAUCUGAUUUUCCAAGACCAAACAAUAUACACGAACUGCGGAGGUUUCUAGGGCUGACUAGUUUUUUUAGAAGGUUCGUGAAAGGGUACGCUGUCCUUGCGGAACCACUGACUCGGCUGACGAAGAAGGAGGCUUCAUAUACAUGGGAGCAAAACAGGAGGACGCUUUCGUCCAACUAA